AUGCCCAGUGCCAGCACCGCUCCAUCUACUCUUAAAACUCUCCAGUCCGCCCUGACUUCUACAAAUGCAGUGGUGACUCCUUUUGUUACUUUGGUCUCUUCAACACCCACAGUAAUAAUGUCUGCUUCUCCGUCUCUCCCUGAUACGAGACCCGCGCUAAGGACGACCACUACACCGCCUUCUCCCUUCUCCCUGAGCCCCAGUACAGAAGCUACGGUCUCUGCUGUAGCGACAUCCGUUCCUCCUUCUUCAACCACCAGAACGUCCCCAACCACCUCACCGCUGACCACAGCUCAUACCGCAUCAACUCCUUUCUCUUAUAUCUCUCUUCCUUCUACGACACCUUGUCCAGAAACCAUCACCGUCACCAUAGUCCCCAGCUCACCCCUGACCCCGUGUAUUGACAUCAGUCCCAGUACUGGCGCGACACCUGCUCCCGUCACCCCAUUCUCUGUCAUUCCCUCUACCACCAACAUGGUUACCUCGUCCAUGACACCAGAAACGCAGCCCUCGGACACCGUCACUGAGGCUCCUAGCUCAACAGACAGUAGGACAAGAGUGACAGACGCGGUCUUCAGGAGCACCCUAAUGUCCACCAGGGACGAUCGGUUGAGUGCCACCUCUAUCACCGCCCCAAAUACUCCUGGCUCUGUCAGUGUCCCCUCAACCCUGAAACCAAGCAACAGUUUUCAAACUACCGCAACUUCAAGCAAGGCGACACAGCCUAUUCUGCCGGCCACAAAGACACCAGAGACGUCGCUGGCCACCACGAAGUCUCCCACCACCCUCACGUCACCACGAUCGAGAUCAACUUCAGCCUCUCCUCUGAUGACCACACCAGCGAGCUUGAGGACCACCCCAGGUGUUUGCGACAAUGGUGGCACCUGGGAGCAGGGCCAGUGCAUUUGUCCUCCUGGUUUCUCUGGAGACCACUGUCAAGAUGUGGAUAACAGAUGCCAGAAUGGGGGUUCAUGGGACGGCAUCAGGUGUGUCUGCCCCAGUACCUUCUCUGGGUCCUUCUGUGAGUUUCCAGUGGAGCAGCUAGACAUAGACACAGUGGAGACUGAAGUGGGCAUGGAGGUGUCUGUGGAGCAGGAAUUCUCUCCAGCCCUUGAGGACAACACUUCCAAGGCCUACAAAGACUUCAGCAGUGCCUUCCAGCGUCAGAUGCAGAAGGUUUACCGGGCUGUUCAAGGCUUCCAGGGUGUGGAAAUCCUGUCCUUGAGGAGGGGCAGCAUUGUGGUAGACUACCGGGUCCUGCUGAGGCUGUCCUUCAGCCCCCAGCUGAAGAGCGACUUUGAGAAGGUGAAGACGAUGCUGAAGGAGGAGCUGCAGAGCGCCAGUCAAGAUGAUGACAGCUGUCAGGACAACCAGACUCUGUGUUUCAAGUCUGACUCCAUCAAGGUGAACAAUCGAACUGAGAAAGACCUGAGCCCAGAAGCCAUCUGUCACCGAACUGCUCCCAAGGGCUUUGAGGAACACUACUUUCCUUUGGUGGAGCUGAGCAGGCUCCGCUGUGUCACCAAUUGCACACCUGGCGUGAGUGGCACCAUCGACUGCAACCAGGGACAGUGUUUUCUCCAGAAGAGCGGUCCAACCUGUCGCUGCUUUUCCACAGACACAUACUGGGUCUCGGGCCCACGCUGUGAGGUGGCCGUUGACUGGAGGGUGUUGGUUGGAGGCCUGGUGGGGGUCGCCACUAUGCUGCUGCUGUUAUUGGUGGCCUUAAGCGUCUGGGUGGCACGCUCCCGGGGAAGAGACAAGGACCGCCAGCCCUCAGGCCGGUCCUGGACCCAGGACAGGAAAUGGUUUGAGAUCUGGGAUGAAGACAUCUCGGGGACGUUUUCUAACACGGGCUCCCAGGAUGCCCCGGCAGCCGCUAAUGAAAACUUCCAUGUUGCCCUGGAGAAGGUGGAUACCAGCAUGACGGUUCACAUCCAAAGACCUGAGGUAGCCUCAUCAUCAUCAUCACCACCACCAUCAUCAUCACCGUCCUGA